AUCACAUCCAUCCUACACUCCUGCUCCUUACCACCCAAGAGAAAGUGGCUUUAUCUGCAGAAACCCCCGAACCUAAAAGUCCACAGAAUACAAUGGCUGGCGAGGACAAGAAGGACUCAACUACUGGCAAUGCUCCUGGAGGCCGAGGUGGUCCAGCUUCUGCUCUCGGUAAUGCCCCAGACGUCGGAGGAACUCUGUCCUCGGUCGGAGGCAACAACUCCGUGGGCAACGCUACGGGUAGCAACAAUGACGACAAGGACAAGAAUGCAGGCUUUGGUCUGGACAACAAGGACGUUAAGGGCAGUUUGAAGGUGCAUAUCAAGCUGGACCUUGAAGCAGAUAUUCGGAUUAUUGCUAAGAUCAAGGGUGAUAUUGCCAUUGGACUUUUGUAGUGGGAUUGCGCAUUCGAGCCGAGUUCUGUACGCCCUGCAUACGAAAUGAGAUGUUGGGCUCCGCGGCUGUUCACAACAGAAUAUGGAAACAGAAACAGCUGCUCAAUCUCAAAUGUCGGUAAUGUCAGCGUAGAAAGGCACUCGUUCAGGACAUAAACACGUGUUUCCAAUGUGUGAUUCAAGAUCAAAACGAUGGAA